GCUGCCCAGGCAGGUGCAGAAGGCGAGAGACGGGGACGGCUGCCGGGAGCCCUGCGGAGCCGGAGAGCGAAGGGAGCCUGGCUGCUCCGGCACAGGAUGGAGUCCGUGGCUUUGUACAGCUUCCAGGCGACGGAAAAGGACGAGCUGCCCUUCCGCAAGGGGGACACGCUGAAGAUCCUGAAUAUGGAAGAUGACCAGAACUGGUAUAAGGCCGAGCUCUACGGCUCCGAAGGCUUCAUCCCAAAGAAUUACAUCAAAGUCAAGCCACACCCGUGGUACGCGGGAAGGAUCUCCAGGCACCUGGCCGAAGAGAUCCUCUUGAAACGCAAGCACUUGGGAGCCUUCCUGAUCCGCGAGAGCGAGAGCGCCCCGGGGGAAUUCUCCAUCUCCGUGAACUAUGGAGAGCACGUCCAGCAUUUCAAGGUACUCCGCGAGAGGAACGGCAAAUAUUUCCUCUGGGAGGAAAAGUUCAACUCCUUGAACGAGCUGGUGGAUUUCUACAGAACCACCACCAUCGCCAAAAAGCAGCAGAUCUUCCUGAGAGACGAUGACCAGAACCACGAGGUCAAGAAGCCGAAGUUCGUCCAGGCUCAGUUUGACUUCUCCUCCCACGAUGCGUCCCAGCUGGACUUCUACAGAGGAGACAUCAUUGAGGUCUUGGACUGCCCCGACCCCAACUGGUGGAGAGGGAAGAUCUGCGGGCGAAUCGGCCUGUUUCCACGGAACUACGUCCACCCCAUUCACAUGUGACCUGCCGGCCGGUGUCUGGAUGCCCCAGCUCCCUGGCUGCACCUCAAAAUGAACUGCAAUCCCCUGAACCUGGUGCCUAGAGCUUCUAGGAGACAAAUCCCCAGAGCACGAUGGACCUUUCUUAGGCUUAAGGUCGGACUGGGGGACCAGGUCAGAUUUGAACCCUCUGGGAUCUGUGUGCUCUGGCGCCCACCCCCUCCCAGUGCUGCAGAACCAGCGUGUCCUAGGCCUUUGUACCGGGGGUGGGGGGAGGUUGUUGCAGCAGAAGAGGCAGAUCACACCACCCACCGCACGCCGGGGACAAGACCAGAGUGAAAUGAACAAGGCUCAUCGCAACCCACAGCGCCCCGGCACUUUGCCUGCGUGGUGUAGCCUUUCCGCUUCGUCCUCUGUCUAGCUCCACUGCGAGCCCUUUGGGGCAGGGGCCUUUGUCCUCCCGCCUUCCUGCUCAGUGGCAAGCAUGCAAUGAAGCCUCCCAAUCGCGCUUGCUGAGAGCCAGGCGUGGGGAGAGGGGCUUUCCCAGCUCCUGGGCUUGCCGCUCAAAGUGAGCAGCCAACGGAGGGGCCGGGCCAGGCGGCUCUGGAGCAAAGCGGAAUCAGCAGAUCCCUUCCAUCGAGGACUUCCUGUGCCAGCCUGUGCUUCUAGGAUCAGCCCCUCUCCCUCCUCAAAUCACAGACAGGUGGGCACAGAACCUGGGGCUUUCUCAUACAGAAGGUAGGCCUGGUACCAUGUACCCCUUCCCCAAACCUCCUCUCCAUGCUAGAACACCAGGCCCCUCACUGCAGCUACCCCAUCCCCUGGUGCAACUUU